UUAGGCUUUUACCUGCUCAAAAUUACGAGGAGGAAAUGGAUGCCACCAACGAGGAAAUUCUGAGGCAAGUGUUCGGCGACUCAUCGGACGGCGAGGACUUGGAAUUGGGAGAUGGAUCUGACCCAAGCCAUUGCUGGGAACCAAUCAAAGAAAUCAAAGGGUUGUGGUUGUGCAGAGACUUCCUCCCUCCUCAACGCCAGUCUUCCUUGCUCUCCACAAUCCAAAACGAAGAAGGAUGGUUCACUCAAGCCUCUCACAAUCAGGCUAUGAGAUUUGGAGACCUUCCAUCAUGGGCAGCUGAGCUUUCACAUUCUAUUCGCAAGGUUCUACUUGCGAGUGACUUUGUUCUUGAACCUAUAGUAUUGGGAAAUACUGAUAACGUGAACGAGAAUGCAUGUUCAUUUCCAUCAACUCUUUUCUGCAGAGAGCCACUCUUCGACCAACUAAUUCUAAAUUCUUACCAACCAGGUGAGGGGAUCUGUGCACACAUUGACCUUAUGCGAUUUGAAGAUGGAAUUGCCAUUCUCUCCCUGGAGUCAUCAUGCGUGAUGCAUUUCAGUCCAGUUGAUGGAACAAGCAGGGGCUUUUUAAUGGAUGGUGAAAAGGAUCCGCCUCUGGCCAAGAUUCCUGUUUAUCUUACCCCGGGAUCCCUAAUUUUUAUGUCAGGAGAAGCAAGGUACCUUUGGAAGCACGAGAUUAACCGCAUGCCUGGAUUUCAGAAGUGGGAAGGGGAGGAACUAAAUCAAAAGAGGAGAAUCUCCAUAACCCUGAGGAAGCUUUGCCAAGUUGAGUAGGUCAUUAAUAACCAGCAGAAUAUUUACUUUUUUCCAAUUCCUUUUGGUCAGCAAAUACGUUAGUGGUAGGACUUGGAACUUCGAUCAAUGUGGAGGACACCUGGUUCCUAUGUAGCACCUCUGUCACAUUUGUGGGUGAAAAUGCGUCUGCUGGAUUGAAAUUGAGGAUCAGAUUGCACUGGGAAAGCACUUAGUAUUGGUAGGUUUCACUGUGACUCUCUAAUCUCUGUGAUUUGCAAAUGGAGCCAAUUUGGAAAUGAUGCUGAGGGAAGCAGAUUAUCCAAGAUUCCAGUGGCCAAGAUGAAUCCUUUCUGGGAGUAACUUAGCAUUGGUGUCUAAUUUUUAGUGUCAGUUUCAGCUUGGAUGGACUUACAAGGUUGCCUUUCCUGUAGGAUUGAGCAAGAAGCUUAUUGCAUAAUGAUUUGAUCUCAAUUUUGCAAUUUUGAUGAACUGGUGAAGUUCAUAGAGCCAUUAAAAGUGUAUGCAAAAUGAGAUGGACCCUAUGGUCUAUCUUAUCAGAAGAUCUCAUUA